AUGUCAAAACUUACAAGUUUGACGCAAGAGGAAAUGGAUAAUGUGAUCUUUGACGCCAGGUUUGGUGAUCUGGAUUCCCUUAAGGCCAUAUUUACAGAUGAGGUUGAACCAUCCGUUCUACCCAAAAUUAAAGAUGAAAUGACAAAGGCAACACCUUUUCAUAUGGCCGCAGCCAAUGGUCAUGCCGAUGUUCUUAAAUACUUGAUAAAGCUUCUUGACCCAAAAGAGACAAAGUCAAUAUUGAACCAGCAAAAUGAUUCCGGAAACACAGCUCUACAUUGGGCAGCAUAUAAUGGACAUUUAGAAUGUGUCAAACUUCUUAGUGAUGCCGGUUCGGAUCCUUUUAUACAGAAUAAUUUCAAGCAUGAUACGUUUUUUGAGGCACAAAACAGCAAACACGAUGAUAUAGUCAAGUUUCUUUUAGAGACAUUUGGUGAAGAGCUUGAGGCACAAAGCGAGGGUGAAAAAGGUGACAAAAAGGUUGAUCCAGAGAAGGUGCAAUACAGUGCUGGCACGGAAAUUCAGAAAGUUGAAGAGGGUGGUGAACAUGAAGAAGAGGAAGUUCAGGAUGAACAAGAUAUUGAAUUUCUGAACACAAAGACUGAAAACCUUAGAGUGUGA